CAGUAGCCUACCGAAAAGCAACGAGGUUAAAUGGAGGCUGCGUUGCCCAUGCUUUCACUAGACCCUUGUUUCAGACAACGGGAGUUGGUCGGAACUAGGAAACACGGACAUUUCUGACAUGCUAAAUGUUUGUAGUUAUACACGUGCCGCGUUCAACGAAUCAGCAAUUCGGAGUUAUCUGAGUUUCCUAGUUCCGACUGGAUGUGAACGCCGCACAAAUCCGAUACCCGGGCGGUUCAUUCCGCGCAUCACUCACUCGUAGUCGACUAUUGUAUGUAGGCUGGCUACUAGUCUACUGUUUAUGUUUCGGAGCCAAAGCAAGCGCAGGUUAAAGUAGGCUAUCCACUUACCGCUGUCAGAGUUUAUUUUACGCCUGCUACGCUGGGUUAGGCUACUGUCAGAGACACACCUAGAGCAUGGAUGCUCUGAAAUCAGCUGGAAGAGCGAUUAUCAAGAGUCCCGGAGUUCCGCGGCACACAUGGGGCACCUCCAAGCACGACAAGCUGCCAGAGAACUGGACAGACACCAAGGAGACCCUAUUGGAAGGGAUGGUUUUCCAGGUCAAGUACCUGGGGAUGACUCUGGUGGGACAGCCUAAAGGAGAGGACAUGGCCGCUGCAGCUAUACACAGGAUAGUCUCUACGGCCCGGGCAAGUGCUAAGAAGUUCCGUAAGGUGACCUUGACCAUCUCUCCUAAAGGAAUCAUCAUCACAGACACAGAGACACAGGACCUCAUAGAGAAUGUGUCCAUAUAUAGAAUCUCCUACUGUACUGCAGAUAAAACCCAGGACAAAGUGUUUGCCUACGUCUCCCAGAUUCAGUUGGACGAGACCCUCGAGUGCCACGCCUUCCUCUGUCACAAGAAGAAGAUCGCCCAAGCUGUGACUCUCACCGUAGCCCAGGCCUUCACAGUAGCUCUGGACCUGUGGGAGAUUGCUCAAGAAGAUAAAAGUCAGAAGGCCAGGAGGACAUGCUGCUCGUGUUCUGUCAGUGAUGGACAGACAGAGACUACAAACACACACAGCGUCUCAGACUCAGAGAAGCAGCAGCCCCUGAUGAAGGAGGAGAAACAGAGACGGCCAUUUUUCUCCAUGUCAUUCAGCUCUCCUUCACCCAGCAACAAACCCACCAGGAAACGACCAAUCAAACACGGCUCCUGGGAUGUGGAGGAUGGCCUCGAUGAUGCAUUCUCAAGCAGUAUGGAGGUAGAAGAGAUGGACACUGUCUGAGGAUACAGCUCUGAGCCCCCUGCAGCAGGAGGACCACCACCACCUCCCCCUAGAGGACCAAAACAACCAAGGCUGCCAGAACAUACUGCUGUCCCCACAAAACAACC